CGUCACUUCCUGUUAGGUUCGGGCGGGCUGGUUGAAGUCGCAGGAAGUGCCUCCGUUGACUGUUGCGUGACUAAAAGAACGCAGAUUAUCGAGUUUAGCGCGUUUUUUUUCGUUAUAAUCUGUGUUUACUCCACGCGCUGAUGCCGCGGACGAAUGUUUGCAUUUAAAAGCUAGCGUCAACUGAAGCUACAUUAGCUACAGCAGCUACCAGCAGCUAACAGCAGCAGUGUUUGUUGUUGUACUGAUGAACGCUAAUGUUGUCAUUUGCUGGAUUGAAGGAAACACCUUAUGUAUCGUUAGACAGUAUGGACCGACCAUCGAGGAAAACUAAAGCUGUAAAUUACCGAGAAUCGACCAAAGACUUUGACGACGAUGAUGAUGAUGAUUUUGCCUUUGUGAAGGCCCCGCCCAGCAAGAAGGCCAGGGAGGAGCCCAAGAAACCGUCGAGCAGCUCGAGCAGCUCGUCCAGCCAAGACACCGGCGCUCAGUCAACGCUGUGCCAGAAAAGCAGAAAACCACUGGAUCAGAAGUUGUCUGAACGAGAUCUGGAAGCAGCCAUCACUCUCUCUUCUCUCAAUUAUGCAGACGAGACAAAGGACCGACUGCCUGCCGCUGAAGGAGACGUGAAGGUUCUCAUUCCAGCGGAUGAAAACACAGAUCCUGCUUCGCGGCACCUGUCAAACUGCAGUGUGGAAGGUGCCGUUUUAGGCUUGGAUGAAAUCUCAGCAGAAACGGGUUCACCCGCUUCAUCCAGACAGAGAAAAUCUUGUGCUGUGCAGCAGAAACCAGUGCCGAAGGAAGAGGACGAGGACUAUCGACCCAAACUGACACCAGAUUCAGAAAGUGACGAAGAUUUCUGCGAAGCAGAGGAGAGCGAAGACGACGAAUUCACUUCCAAGAAAGUCAGCAAAACGAAAAAGAAGGAGAACGUCACCGAGAAAGAGAAAACCAAAUCUACUCCAGUGUCUAAAAGAGAAAAGCAGCCGCCCAAGGCAGCAAAGUCUAAAUCUGCAGCCGCAGCCGCCGCAUCAGCAGCAGCAGCUUCCACACCAGUGAGAAGUCCUCCAGCAGCCAAAAGUGCAUCCAGGAGACCUGUGCAGUCCUCCACUGUGUCUACAGCCAAACCUGCAGCAUCUGUCAGCCCAGCAGGGGGCAGAAUACCCAAGUGGAACCCUCCAGGUCAACUUGGCAAAAGUCCCACGUCGUCCCUGAACGCAGCACUGAAGUCUCCGGGUCAGGGUCUGAGACUCGGACUGUCGCGAUUCGUCCGAGUCAAACCGCUCCACCCCAGCGUCGCCGGUCACUAACUUUUGACAUUUCAACUUUAACACUACUUUUAUAAAGUCGCUUGUAAAUAUCUUCUUGGUUUGUACAUAAAUACACAAUAGUCUAUUCUUUACCUUUACUUUGUUACUCUGUGUGUGUGUGUGUGUGUGUGUGAGAGAGUCGCUAUGUCUAUCGGCCGCGUCAUCACCAUUUUUUAUAACUCAUAUUAGGGAAAGACGUCCUUCCAUUCAAUGCCUCAUUUUCUCAAUUUCCAAUUGUGUGUAAACAAACAAACGUUGUAUUUUGUGUAUGAACAAUAAAAUUUGACCAAUAUUU